CCGGCGCAUAAAGAUUUAAUUUAAGUUUUCUAGUGAUUUACGUGUUGUUUCACAAUGAUUUAUUUACAAAAACAGUUAAUUACAUUCAGUUUUACACAAUAAUUGCAAAAUAUUAACUGAGACUCUUCAUUUAUACUUUAAUUUCACAAUAAUUCUUAAUUAAACAUUUUCGGAUCAUGAGUGAACAAGAUUUCUUCAAAAAGCAAUUGGAAGCUCUCAGAGACACAAAAAAGACUAAAAAUUCAGUUCUAGUCCUUCAAAUUAUCUCUGUAAUAAGUGAAUAUUUUGAUGUCCCGAGAUCAAUCAAUGAAACAAAAUAUGCCGUCGAAUUGCUGUUUAAAGAAAGCGAUAAGAAAAUUGACUUGAUUAAGUUUAUCAUUACUGCUUCUCUUGUAAAAGACCUUAACGAAAGUGCCAUUAAAGUUUUCGAGCUGAUUCACAAGAUUACAUCACUUUACGGUGAAUAUGUCAAGCCUUUUUCAAAGUAUUUAGCAAAAGUCAGUGUACAAUGCUUGAAAGAUCUUGAACCAAGUUCUAGAUUUAAAGAAAUGGCUGUAAAAACUGUGUCUGAAUUGAUGGAAAAAGAAGUUCUGGAAGAUGAUGUGGAUAUGGAAGCUAUAAUCUCCAACUUAAUGGCUGUUUUCAAUCAGGAUGUGAAAAGUCGAUUAUUCAGCAGCGUCUUUGAUCUGUUGGGAAGAAUUUCGAAGAAAUAUCCAGAAAAAUUCACCCAAAAAGCAGCAGUGGAACUACGAAAUCGCAUGAUGUCGACAAUACAAAAUCUAUUUAAGGAUGAUAAAGCAACGUCAUCUUUAAUGCUUAUUGGUGGUGCUGUGGAAGGACUUAAAAAUCAUCUCAUUAAUUUCUCACCAAAAGAAAAUGAAGAUGACGAAGAAUUUAAAGCUAAACUUUAUGAAUGCAUGAUCCAGUUGUCAGAUCCAAAUGAACAUCCAAGCAUUAAUACAAAUUCAAAUCGAGUCGCGUUUCGCAAUAUGCUAGAAAUUGUUCAUUCAUAUGGACAUUUAGUGAGCUAUAAUUUGUUUAAGGAUUACUUGAGAUGGCACAAAGUGCUUUCAUUAUGGCUGAGCUCAAAAACAUACGAGGAUAAGAAUGCAGGAGUUUAUGCCGUUUAUACAUUCCACGUUGAAGUUGCCGCAAAUUUAGAAAAGAGAAAAAAUGAAGCUGACAAGUCGAUUUUAUUAUUUUUCAUGAAUUUUUUUCAAAAAACAUUAGAAUCGCCACAAUCUGAGCCACAUGAAAUUCGUAUUGCUAUUCGUGGAUUUGGUUCCAUGGCUGUUGCAUGUAAAAUUCUACUGGAACCAAAAUAUCUAAGUGAACGAUUUGAUUUAGUCAUGCAAAGAACUGAAUAUUCAUAUUAUGUUGGAGAUAAGAUGAAGAGACGAGAAGUUUUAGAGCACUUGCCUAGUUAUGUUGAAGCUCUAUCCAAAAUUAUGAAUCAACUUGAUGAAAUUUCUGGCAUUCAGUUGAAUUCUCUUCAGACAGUUCUUGUUGUGCUGAUUAAAGAUUUUCACUUUUUAUCCAAUUCUCAUCAUGGCUUAGUUGCUAACGGAUUGCUUGAAACGUUCAUGAAUCUCCAAAAAUCGGGUGGAAAAAUCCUCGAUGAUAUCCUUGAAGCUGUAGUUUGGCAAGGAAUUCUAUGGACGUGCAGUCAUGAAUUAACUUACGAUGUUCAUGAACAAAUCGACAAUAUUAAAGAUUUGAAGGAAACAAUUACGUAUCAACGAUACCUUCCUUUAUGGACACGAAUAUUGACACCACAAGAUGAAAAGCAUCAACUGAUUGGUUCCAAAAUUUAUGAGCAUUUUAUUAAGAAUUUAUUCUUAAUCAUCGAUAAAUUGGAUUUGAGUACGAAGAAGCGGAAAUAUCAAGAUGAGUCGACAAAUACGGAAGUAGAAUUUUAUUUCACUGAUCCGUCGUUAGAUCUGGAGCCUGUUCGAGCUGAAAACUUCCAGAUUCUGUACAACUUAGUCCAAUUUUAUCAAGACAUAUUGAUUAAACAAACAAAUGAGCAGCUUGAGAAGUAUUUCUUGGAAUGGAUGCAAUUGUGGCUUGAAAAAUCAAUUCAGUUGUCAUACAAGCAUUCCAUUAUAUCUGCCUUUAUGUAUUUCGUGGAAAUUGGAUUGAACAUUAUAGAACGAGUAAAGUACACACACGAUUCAAGUGAUAUUGAGACAUUAAAAUCUUACAUAAGAACAUUAUUUCCUCGAUGUCAACAAGUAUCUGGAGAACUUCAAGUCGCGUGCCUUCAGCUGAUUUUUAAGACACCAACAUUUAUUUUAAUCGAUCAUAUAAAUGAGAUGAAAAAUAUUCUCAUUAUUGGAUUUACAGUUGGCAAAAGUGUCUUAAGCUUAGCACAUUAUGCAUUGACAUGCUUUGAAUCUUUAGUACAAACACUUUUUGAAGAUUCUAAGAUUAGAAGGAAUUUAUUGGAACAAGUUUUGCCAUGUUUAGAGACAUUCUUAUCAACCAGCAAGGAAUCGACAGUUGAAAGUGAAUUAAGAGUGCUCAAAUAUCGAAAGCGAAAGAACAAAGCAAUUAUUCAAAAUGUUGAGACUGACUUGAUGAAGAUUAAGAAGAGAAUUAUGUUGUUUUUGGGAAAUUGUUCGCCUGACGAAGCUCAAUUGAUAUUAAGUAACUUCCAGCAAAAAUUAAUUAAAGAUUACAUCACAGACAUCUUUCAAGUCAAGCUGGAAUGUGAUGAUCCAUCGACACCACUAAUUUAUUUAGAUCAAAUCAUCGAAAGAGUAUGUCAUCUUUCAUUAUACUCAAGUGAUCGAUCAACAAAAGUGUCAGCAUGUGAAUUGUUGCAUGGACUAGUGCUGUAUAUGAUGGGAAAGAAUUUAGAACGACCAGAAUCAUUACCAAUGUGGCGAAGUUUAUGUAAAAAUAUUAUAAUUCUUGGUGCUGAUAAGGAUCAAACUGUUCGACAGCUUUUUGAGCCACUUUUAAUGCAAAUGAUGCAUUACUAUUCGCAGCCUAAUAAAAUCUUAUCUCCAUUGUCGACUGUUUUAAUGGAAAGUGUUAUGGAAAUGAUGUCAUACAAAGAAAAUGGAAUACAAGACUUGUCUGCAAGAUUAUUGAGAGAAUAUAUAUUAUGGCUUAUGCGUCAAACUGAUCGUGAACAGAGGAAAAUAUCCCCUGUUAGGCUUGUUGACUUCUUUUAUGAGCUGAGAAAAAUGUCGAUGGAUGCAGAUCAAUCUCGACGUCUAGCAGCAACUUUAGGCUUCAAUAACAUCUAUAGAAUUGUACGAGAAGAAGAAUCCUUAAUUGAUGUCUAUUGGUUGCAUUUAUUGGACAUAUUUUGCAUGAAUUUCAAGAGUACAGAAGACUUCUCCGAGAACCUUGAUGUCUAUUUUGUGGACAGCCGUCGAUUUGAACAAAUAUCAGCAAGUUUGGAUCAUUUGACAAGAGUUUUUGUAGAACGGAAUGAAAUCUUUAAUCAAGUCAAUAGCGAUCGAAUUGUCCCAAAAGGUUUUCGUGGUAUGACAUUAAAAGAUGUCUUAAAUUGGCUGUUUGUACAAUGUGCAGCGCCUCAAUAUUUCUAUAGACAUAAAUGCAUGGAAAUAUUUAAUAAAAUUCUAACAGUUUAUAACACUAAGGAAUUUUACUACAAUGAGAAUUGGACAGUUGAUAAAAUUAUUAAAAUUGGUGACAACUCGACUGGAAUCGCUAAACAUCGAGAUUUAAUGUAUUUAAAAGAUACACAAGAACCAGUUUAUAAGGAAACAUUUUUAUGGCUGAGAAAAUUGCUUAGUGCUGUUGAAUUCUAUCACUGGAUUCUUAAGAAUGAAUUUAUUCCUGCUAAUGAAAUUUCUAACUUGCUGUCCAAAACUGUUAUUAUUGAUUCUAUUGAAUUCUUCAUCAAUAACAUCGCGCUUAAUGACAUGGUUAAUAUUUUGAGAUCAAUUGAUGUGAAUUUGUUAAACAGCACACAAAUAAGCAUGGAAAUUAAGAUGAAGCAACAAAAUCUAGAUAAAAUGGAUGUAAUGAGAAGCUUAAUCAUUGUUAAUAUUCUUGAUUUUCUUACUGUCAUGAUGCGACAGCAUCAAAUGGACAAUGUGCUGCUUAAAAACAAAGAUGACUUAUUUAAAUUAAUCAAAAGAUUAAUUUUCAAGCCACAAAGACUUAAUUUCGAUUUCAAGUCACUUAAUAUCGUACAUAACUAUCAAGGACGUCUAGUAAAGUUCAUCAAAACUUCUACGCAAUAUUCAGCAUCUUUUGGACCAGCACUAGCUGCUGCAUUACAGAAAAAGGUAAUGAAAUAUUUCAAUAAUCUAUGUCAAAAAAGUGAGAAAAUUUUAGCAUCAAGGAAUGCACAGGAAAUCGAUGAAAGUAAAUUAAAAGGAUUGAUGCUGAUGCUGACUGAAUUAAUUGAUCAAAUUGACACUAAUGAGUUGUCACAUAAUUUGAUAUUAAAGAGUGCAGAACUGCUAUUGAGUAAAAUAUUUAAUGGAAUGGUCGAGGAAGUCAAUCAUCAGAAGAGACCACGACACUUACCGCCUUCUAUAAAGAAAUUUGCUACAAAUAUGAUCCGAAUGUGUUUAAAGAUUAAUCCAUUUUUGUUAAAAAUUGCGACUUUUUCAUUCGAUAAUCAGGAACUUAAAGUAUCUGAGUCAUGCAAGAUCCAUAGAGGAGAAUACUUCCUGCAGACAUUCAAGAAUCCGAUUUUUGAGAUUUUCACAACAAUGAUUCAAGAUACAGUUGAGCUAUUCGUUGCACAAUUAAGCACCACAACAGAUGAGAAUCGUUUAAGAAUCUUUAACAUUCUCGCAGAAAUGAAUGAAUUCAUUUACACUCACCACAAUCAAAAUGUCAAGCUCCUCGAAAGCAAUUUUGAUGUCAUAACUCGAUCAUGGACAAUAAUCAGUGAAACUUUUAUGAAAAUGAACAAUAAUUUGAAUUGUGUAGACUUAACAAUUAUUAAUUUAGUGACUCAUGUAGCCAUGACAUGUCCACAUGAUUUAAUUAUACUUGGACAGAGGUUACAAAACUUUAAGAAAUGGUUGUUGGAACUGUUCCUUAAUAAAUCAUAUUCACUGGAAGUUAAAUCAAAAGGAAUUUUCUUGUUGCCGUGCAUAACGAAUAAUGAAGAUAGAAGCAAUGAGGAACUUAUGAGAAGCCUUAAUGCUAUUCAGCAAAAACACAUUCCAUUAAGAAGCACAGAAUUUGCUGAAGGAAGUUUACAACGAUCAAGUCUCUUGUCAUUUUCUAAUGCAAUUUAUCAAGCUUUAUUGACAAGUAAGUCGCCAGUCAUUUACAGAUUCCUACUUAACAUUACAGUUAUUGAUGAAAAAUACAUUUUGGAAGAAAAGCUACAAAAUAUUCAAAUUCAAUUAAUGAGCAGCAUGACUGAAAAAGAACAAGAAAUUUUUUUGACUCAAACUUUUGAAACUUUUAUGAAUGAAAGUUUUGAUGCUGAAAUCAGAUUGAGCAUUAUGAAGCGCUACAUGCUGACUUUAUUAAAGAACUCGAAUGUCGACACAAUUUUGUCGUUUAUUAAGCAGAAAAUUUCACAAAUCUUUAAUUUAAUUGACUCAAAAUUGGACAUAGAUCCUGAAAAUGCAUUUGUAAAUCGUUCAGCAGGCUAUAUCAUCAUUGAAGCAUUCUCAGCAGCAGUUCCACGUGAUAAAAUUGAAGCUGCAACUUAUUCUUAUAAUGGAAAUCUCAAUAAUGGACUGGCAUUAAUUAAGGAACUGAUUAUGAAGGCUAAGGAUGUCAGACGUGAUGUCGUUUUUAUGGUUGAAGAUCCACAGCUUCAAGAAUUAUUCAGAAAGUUCCAAUGUUAUUGUUAUCGAGCACUUGCUUCUUUAGUAGCUAAUACAAAGGAUCUGCCAGAAGUUUUUAAUUUGUGCUUGUUUGUAGAAAAUCAACGGAAUGGAUCAUUCAUUUGGAGAAAGUUGAUUAACAUUAGAGAUGAAAAUAUUUACUCAAAUUGGUCGCAGGACUUUGAUGAGUUUCCAAAAGUUAAGCAGUACAUUGUCAAUAUUAAGGAUUUGGAAGUUAAUGCUGCUGAGAUUCCAGAUAAGAAAUAUAUUAACACAAUUUCAAUUUUUGACAAGUCAUUAAGUCAAACAUUAACUAAAACUGACCUAUCUUAUGCAGUCAUUCUGUCAAACCGUGAAGUUCUUGAAAAGGCUGAAAAAGAGCACCAAAAAACAAUGCAAAUUGGUUUAGAAUCAAUUCCAAUUAAUGAGCAUGAAAUUAUGGGAACUUUAGUUGGUGUUAUUAAUCUCAUGUACAGCAGGAAGUUGACAGUAUUUGCGGAUUUCGAUAAAGCAGACAGAAAGAAGUACGAAUGGGUCUUGUCUAUCGCUAAUUCACUUAAAAAUCCCGAUCAACAUAAAAAUGUCAAAAUCUUUUUAUGUAAAUUAAUUGAAAAUUGUCGUAAUGUCUUUUGUCAUUAUGCUCAGUUCAUGUUGGGUCCAAUUUUGAGUGUCUUAACAGACGGAACUUUUGGAGAUUCGAUGAAUUUCAUUAUAACUGAUUUGGUGACUAUGCUGUUGUCUUGGAGUAAUGUUUAUAAACCAAUUGAUACUAUGGAAAAGGAGGAAGCAGCUAUGUUACUUAAAUUCUUAAUGAAAAAUGCUUAUCAUGAACGAAAUGAAAUCUUUAAGCUGAAUUUGGAAUUGAUUAAGAAGUUAAUUGAAACUUGGAAUGAGAUUUUUACUGGGAAAAUUCCAACACAAAUACUUUUGGACAUGCUUAAAAAGCCAAUUCAAGAGAAUCAAAGUUCUAAGUUAAUUUGUGGCAUUCAACUUAAUGCUGUUGUGCUUGCUAAUAAUUUAACACCAUGGAAUGACAAUGAGCAGUGUGGAUUGUUUGUUAGGGAAAUUUUAUCGGCAUUUAAUAACACAAAUCCCAAGAUUUAUCAAGCUGCGUCACAAUUGAUGGGUUUAUGUCUGCACAUGAUUGCUAAAAAUGAUCAAAAUGAUAUGCAGUUCUUGGAUUUAGUGAAAGAGAAAUUGGAAAAGCUGCAAAAAAAUCGUGCAAAUUCAGAAAUUUUCCUUCAACUUCUUUAUGGAAUUCAGAAGGAAUAUCCAGCAAUUUUGGACUCUUUUAUGGCUCGUGUAGCAUCGUCCAUUCCAUCAGCCAUUCGAAAGACUAAAUGUGUUUAUAUGGAAAUGUUUUUGGCAAGACUGGAAGUAUUUAAGGAUUCAAUCUAUAAAGAAAUUGCUGCAAUUAACAUUCGGUAUCUUUUGAAGCAGAAUGAAUAUCAACUGCUUGCCUUACAUAUUAUUAAUAAAGGAAUUGAGUUUCUUAGUGCUGAAGAAUUUAUGAAAUUUUUCGAUGACCUUAAUUACCUUACAUCGUCUCCGAAUGAUGAUGUUAAGAAUCUUCUCUAUGAAAUUAUGAUUUAUUCUGUCGAAAAAUAUGGAAGUAACGUGAAUUUUGACAAGCACAAACCCAUGAAAAUCAUUCUUAAAGGAUUUUAUGAUUCUGAUGAGCAGAUUCAGAGACGUGUGAUGAAAUUCUUCAAUGAGAAUAGUGGAUUAUCGAAGUCGUUUAAGGAUCGAUUCCAGGAACUCUUGUCAAUCUACUAUGACCCUCACUUAGAAAAGAAUUUCUUACAUUACGCGACAAUAAUGCUGUUGGAAAUUCCAAUCCACCAUCCCCGAUCAAAUCGUGCCUUACUUGAUUAUGAUCCUAGAAACAAUGUAAAUUUCUUUGAAUAUCCAAUCUCAACAAGAACAAGCACACAACGAUCACUUCCUCCAAUGUUCAUUCAGUCACAACAGAAGCAACUUUUGGCAGGCGAUGGAUCACAAUACAAUCAAUGGGUUCGUGCCACACAACUGAACAGCAAUGAGCAUCAAAUAUUUGCACCAACACAAGAUCCAAACAUAAUGACCCAAGUCUCUCAGAGCUUUAAUUUCAAGCAGACACAAAAUUCAUUUUUUGUAAGUUUAAAGCCACAAUUUUUGAGUCGACGAUCACAAAUAUCGAGCAGCAUGAAUGAGGCUGAUGACUUACAGACAAAAAUACAAAGGAACAAAGACAAAAAGUCCGAUUCACUUGAUUAUUUACGACAAAGAAUUGUCAAGAAAACAAGCUCAGAAGUAUCAAAGCAGUACGCAAUGAGGGCAAUCGAUAGACGUGAUUUUAGUGAAAUGAGCAGGAACCAAAGAUUAAACAGAUUGAAGCAAGGCAAGGAAGUCACACUAUAUCGCAGAUAUCGACUUGGAGACUUUCCAGACUUCUUUUUUAAUUCACUAGCUGUGCUGAUGCCAUUACAGGCUCUCGUUAAAAAAGAUGACCUUAUUGCUCGACAUGUCUUUAUAUCCAUUUUUGAGUCAAUUGUGAAUACAUUCGAUGAAACGCACGACGAGGAAACAAAGAAUGAAUUUUAUGCAUCAAUUAAUAAGUCUAUUGUUUUUGCCUUUGAGAAUACAACAGAAUCAAAUCCAUUGUUCCUUGGUACCUUAAUAGAACUGGCUAACAUGAGCGAAAAGUAUUUAGAAAUAUCACCAAAAAUUAUUGGAAAUUCAUUGUCCAUAACUGGAAUUUUGUUUCUUGAAUCACAACUUAUGAGAAUGAAUGAAGAUAAAAAGAAUGUUGUUGCUGAUAUCCAACAGCUGCCAGUCAAACGUAUGAAAAUGGACGAAGAUGAGAUCCAGGUGAUGCAUUGGAUGAAAUUAAUCGAUUUGUACUACAAAAUUAAUGAAUAUGAAGUCGUGAAUGGAAUUUUUAUAGAAAAAUUGAAACUUACAUCUGCUGUAAAGAUUGAUGUCCUUAAAGCUAUUGAUUGUGAGCUCAACAGUCAGUAUAAAGAAGCUUCUGAUCUUUAUCGAAAUUUAAUUAAGCAAUUUGCGCAUCGAAAUCAAAGCGAAAAGGAUUUCUACUAUAAUUCAUAUUUUAAUUGCCUGGCGCAUCUUAGUGACUGGGAUUUAAUAACAGACAGCGUCCAAGGACAGUUUGAUAGCUAUGAAGAGAUUUGGAAUGGAACUGAAUUUAAUAAGGAAAUUUUAUUGCCAAUGUUAUUAAAAGGAGAGCUUUGUAAGAUCCUUAAUGGUGAUAUAAAUGAUGGAUUCCUUGGCGUACUCGAGGAAUGGCUGGAUAAAGACAACAGAAGUGAUUAUUUGCAUAAAAAGUUCCCAGAAGAAAUUGGAAUGUUAAAUGUUGCUAGUCAGAAUUUUACAGCAUGCUGUGUAGACAUGGAUACAGUCUUACAAGCAUUUAGUGAUAAAUGGAGCACAUUGGAGAUUUACGAGGAUAAAUCGAAGCUACUUAAGUCAUGCAGAAAUAUUGCAGAAAUCACAAAUUUUGUGUCAAUCAUGACUUUAACAAAUAAUUCAUAUUUUGAGCAUCGUGCUGACAUUCUGUUUAAGUCAUGGCGUACAUCUAGUCCAAAAUCAACAGAUUCAUUAAUUUUAUGGAAUGACUUGAUUUCGUACCGAAAAAUGUUUCUCGCAUUUUUAACAUCGAAAUAUGAAAUUGAUCAAGAAACACUUAGAAUGUCGGAAGCAUCGAUUAUUGAUGCUAAAAGAAAUGUCCUAAAUGUUGCAUUUGAACAAAAGAACCUUGAUACUGCAAAAUAUCUUGUUUAUAGUCUAAAAAAUGAUUUGAAGAACUCCACAAAUGUGAAUAUUUUAAAGUUUAAUUUGGAAAUUGGAAAGUAUUCAAAAAUGAAUGCAGAGCAAAAAUUUGCAAUGGACAACAUCCAGUUAAUGACGAAGCUCGGAAGUGCCUGGUCAAAAAUAAAAAUAGGAGUUUUAAGUGAAGAAUGUGUUAAAGAAUGUCCGGAACUAGAAAUUGAAGCUUUAAUCUGUACCAGUGACAUUUCUUGGAAAGUCUUUAAAUUGUAUGAAAAAGUCGAUGAAGAUUCGUUGACUGAAAACAUGAAUAGCGAUUUUAUGAAAAUCUUAGAUCAUAUUGAUGAUGAAACUAAAAUUAUGUCUAAAUUGGUAGAGUAUGGAGAAUUUGCAUUGAAACAUGCUAGAACUUUAGCUCAAAAAUGUGUCGAUGCUGAUUAUAGUCCUGAAAAGGAACUGAUGGUUGGACAUACAUAUUUCAAACUUGCUCAAUUCUAUCGAAAUGUCUUUGUUGGGGAUAUUAAUACGUCUAAAGAACUUCAAAUACAAAUGAUCAAGUCUAUAUUUCGAGCAAUUUCUUACGGUGCUGAGGAUGCUAGUGUCUAUAUUCCAUACAUCCUUCAACUACCAGCUUUAAAGAAAAACAAAAUAACAAAAGAUUUCAACGAACAGCUGAAAAUGGUGCCUGAAUGGAUGUUCCUUGCUUAUAUCUCACAAAUUUUAUCCAAUUUUGAUUUCGAGAAUGAUUGUUAUUUGGAUAAUUUGAUGAUGAAGCUUGCCAAAAAAUAUCCAAAUGCUCUUUAUUUCCCAUUUAACUUGUCAAGAGAUAAUUUUAAUUAUAUUAAUGAUAAUCAAGUCAUGGAAAAGGCAUUGGUUAAAGAUAUUAGUCAAAUAGUAUCAAAUCCAACAAUUGAUAAGUUCACAUCAGCUUUGCAGUGUCUUGUUGUGCCUGAGAAGUUUAUGGAAAUUCACUUUAAUAAUUUCUAUCAUGAAUUGAGCGCGGCUGAUAGUAAUGAGAAGUUCCAGGAAGCUGUACAGAAAUUAUAUGAUAAUGUCUACGUCCAUAACAAGAAUCUAAAAGGACAAGAAUUUUCUAAAAUAUCAGAUUAUAAGGAACGAAUUUUGGCAUUAAAGAAGUUCAAUUAUGAACAAGAUCAUGAAAAGGUCACUGCUAGUAUCAACAGCAUGUAUAAGAACAUUUUAAAGGACACAAAAAAAGAAUUCAAGUCCAUAGAACUAAGAAAACUCUGCAAUUGGCUAGCUGAAUAUAAAUGGAGUGGCGAUGCUGACUUUUUAGAAAUUCCAGGACAAUAUUCAGGAAAUGUUAAGCCAUUCAUUGAAAGUCACGUGAAAAUUGUACGAUUUGAGCAGCAAAUUAAAAUUUUCCAUUCCAAGCAACUUCCAAUUGAGAUGAAAAUUUAUGGAAGUGAUGGAAAGUCUUACAACUUUAUUAUCAAGUAUGGCGAAGAUCUGCGACAAGAUCAAAGAAUUCAACAGGCACUAAAACUUAUGUCUGCAAAAUUAUUGAAUGACAAGAAUUGCAAGCAGAAUCAGUUAAAGAUUGACACUUAUGAAGUCAUUCCUAUAAAUUCAAUGUGUGGAAUUCUUCAAAUUGUUAAUGAUGCCACGACUAUUUCUGACUUUAUGCUGCAAAUUAGUAAGCAAUUUAUGGUACAAGACUUUAGUGAUAUUAUUGCUGCAAUUAGAUUGGAAUUUAAAGACUUUUUGAGAGGCGAUCAAAUGUUUCAAGGAUGGACGAAACUCUACGAAAAUGCUGUGCUUAAUAUCGAUCGAGAGGAACUAGUCAACAAGUUUGCAGCAUGUGAAAAAAAGAUUCCAAAUGAGAUACUUCAGCGAUCUUUACAAAACAUCUCAGUUACUCUCGAAGCUUAUUAUAUCCUUCGUAAGAACUUUAUAACAAGCUUGGCAGCAAUGAGCAUUGGACAUUGGCUUCUGGGAAUCGGUGAUCGUCAUUUAAGUAACAUUUUAAUUGACAUGAAAAGUGGACGAUUAAUUGGUAUUGAUUUUGGUGUUGCAUUUGGAACUGCUGCUGCAUUGGACGUUCCUGAACUCGUCCCGUUCCGUCUCACAUCUCAUUUUGUAAAAGUCUUAGAGCCAAUGAGCAUUAAUGGAUUAAUUAAAAAGAACAUGAUGCAUGCCUUGAACUGCUUCCGUAAUGCUAAAGAUGCUAUCCUAAUUUUCCUUGAAGUAUUUGUAAAGGAACCAACUUUAGAUUGGCUUCUAAGCUCAAAAUUGAAAAGUGUUGGUAAUGCUGAAGGAAAUACAACAUCAAACUGGAAUCCUGAAAAGCGAAUCGAUAUAGUCAAGAGAAAAUUAGAUGGAGCGAAUCCAACAAAGAUUUUAAUUGAGGAAUUAAGUGCUGGAAAUAUAAAAUCAAAAGAAGCACUUUUUGAAGCUUAUAAAGCAAUGAUUAAUGGAAAUGAUGAAUCGUUGAGAAAGAAAUUUGAAAAUGGUCCGAGUGGAGAAAUGUUUACUGUCGAGGAUCAAAUUACGUGCUUGACAGAAUUGGCAACAGAUAAAGCUAUACUUGGAACAACUUAUAUUGGAUGGGAUCCGUGGUUUUAAGUUUAAUUGUUUUUUAUGAAUAAAAAUUGAUGAUAUUUAAGUGUCAAUAUUUAUUUGAAGCAACAUCAGACAUUUACAAACAUUUAAGGUUCAGGCAUUUACGUUCAGUUUUCUUCGUAAUAAUCAAUAUCCAUGGUUGAUGAAUAAUUAGGUUCCCAGUUCUCAUUAGCCAUUUCACCGAAUCGACUAUAAACCUUUACUAUAAGUCUCCGAUUUUUCAUUUGUGACAGAAGCUCUUCAUAUUUUAAAUCAUGAUUCUUCAAAAUCCUUUCUAAGAUUCCAAAAACUUUUAAUUGUGGUGCUUUAGAAACGACUUGAUUAAUAAUUUUUGCUGGAUUUACAGUUUCAACAUUAAAGAAGCUUCCAACAUUUAAGUGCUGUAAUUUUGUGCAUUUCAUAGUAAUCGCAAGUCUCUGAUCCAUACCAAGUUCUUUCAAGCUUAACUUUUCAAUGUUUUCUAAAUUUUGAUAUGGAAUCAUGGAAAAGUCAAUUGUAUUGCUAGCUCUAGCACAAGAAAUUUCUAAAUUCUUUAAGUUUGGCAUCUUUGCGGACAUUAAGAAGUUACAAAUCAAUCCAUCCAAACUUAGAUGUGUGAGAUUCUCAAAAUAGAUAUUAGUGAAAGGUUUAAGCUCAAAAUCUGAAUCAUUAUCAAGUCUGAGAUACUUAAUGAAUCUGUAAUGCCUUAACAGAUGUUCCAGCCAUCGAUUGUUUGCUUCGCUGUUAUAUAAUUUUAAGCUUUUCAAGUUUCCAUUUGGAUCUAAAUGAUCAACAUCUUCAACACCACAAUAAAGUGAAAGAUUCUCAAUAGCAGGAUGAUUAGUCAUGACAUAGUUACAAAUUGACUCAGAGAACAGUUCAAUCAUCUUAAGGCUCGGCUUUUGAGAUUCUAAAAUUCGUUGACAUUCAAUUUCAUUGUCUUGGAAAUAAUUAAAUUGCAAUUUCUCAAGAUUCCAAGCAACUUGACCAGGAAAUCGUAAUGGCGGUGUGUGGUUGCAUAUUUCUAGAAUCUUGAUGGUCGGGAUGUCUGAGAACAUGUUCAUAAUCUGGAAUUGGAAAGAAAUUGAGAUUUAUUAAAUGAUCUGAAUCUAUUGAUGGACCAAAUAAUUAGUUUAAGGGCUUUGCCAAGUCGUAGGAUCAAACCUGCUCUGGCCAGACCAAUGCACAAUCGAAUAAUAAACCAAACUCACAUCAUUAAUUGAAUGCAUGCCACAAAGAGUAAUUGACUUCAAUUUUGAUGAUUCCACGGGAUAAAGCUUCUUGCAGGGCUUCUUGUAAGGACU